AUGACGUCGGCCUCUGCACCCGAUCCUGCAGUGCUGGGGGAUCAGAGGAAUAUGAACCAGCGCCCCAAAGGCGUCGGCUCCAACGGAGCUAGCGCCGACUCGGGGAAAGAAGGAGGCCUGAUGCUUCCGCCGAAGACCGUGGUCAACAGAGCGCUAGGGAAUGACCUGCAUUCCGACAAAAUAUCACAGGCGCCCAAGGGCGGAGUCGGGACCGCUCUGACUGACACUCCGAUUUCUACCGCACCCCCGUCCCCACAGAUUAAGGGGCAAAACCAGGCCGACACUCCCAGUCGAGUCCGGGCCACCACCCUCGAUAUCCCGGGCUUGACCAAGUCCAAGGUCUCCCCGGAUGGCCGUAUUGCCCAGCGUGAUGUCGGUGCCAAGCUGGUCAUCAUCAUGGUUGGCCUGCCGGCUCGCGGCAAGAGUUACAUAACCAAGAAGCUCGCUCGUUACCUGAACUGGCUGCAACACGACACGCAGAUCUUCAACGUCGGUGAACGUCGUCGUGUGGCCGCAGGCAAAUCGCCCUCGCCAGCCAAUCUCAAUAAGGGCCAGGAGAGGGGCUCCAGGCCCAGUAUUCACAAGGAUCUCGUCGACUCCGUGCGCCGCCUGAGCGUCAGCGUGGGAAACACUAGCAUGAACCAGAAUGAUACCUCUCCGCCCGAGGAGAACGACACGCCCAGCGAUGCACCUCUGCCGCCGCCAGUCGUUCCCGCCAAGAUCCUGGUGAACGGCGAGGAACAACCCGAGUCGAUUUCACAGAAUGGAAGUACUGUCAUUCCUUCCAUCGAUGCCGGUCCCGCCCAGUCCAUCCAAAACGAGGAGGCAAUCAAGGAAGCUUCCCCGGAGCCUAUGAACCAGACCGCCAAUUUCUUCGACCCGCAAAAUCAGCGAGCUGUUAAGCUUCGCGAGCAGGUUGCUCUCGACACCCUCGAUGAGCUGCUCGAGUACAUCCUGGAGGAUGGCGGCAGUGUCGGUAUUCUCGAUGCGACCAACAGCACCAUGGAGCGCCGCAAGGCUAUUGUGGACCAUAUCCGCAAGCGUGCUGGCCCCGAGCUGGGUAUUCUGUUCCUGGAGAGCAGCUGUGUGGACCAGGACUUGCUGGAGGCCAAUAUGCGCCUGAAGCUGUCUGGACCCGACUACAAGGGACAGGAUCCCGCCACGGCCCUUGAGGAUUUCAAGAAGCGAGUUGCCCUGUACGAGAGGUCGUAUGUGCCACUGGGCGAGUACGAGGAGAAAAACGACAUGGCCUACAUUCAGAUGAUUGAUGUUGGUCGUAAGGUCGUCUCCCACCAGACCCACGGCUUCCUCUCCUCACAGGUUGUGUACUACCUUCUCAAUUUCAACCUGUCCCCGCGUCAGAUCUGGAUCACUCGCCACGGUGAGAGUGUGGACGACCGCGCUGGCCGUAUUGGUGGUGACUCUGAUCUGAGUGAGAACGGCCAACGCUACGCCAAGGCCUUGGCUCGCUUCAUUGAUCACCAGCGCCAGCAGUGGGAGCUGUACCAGCGACAGAAGGACUUGAUGAAGCACUUUCCCCCCCGACCCGGCGACAGCACCCCUCCCAACCCUUCCUGGAUCCCGCGAGACCGACCCCGCAACUUCUGCGUGUGGUCGUCGAUGAUGCAGCGAUCUGUCCAGUCCGUCGAAUACUUCAACGAAGACGAGUACGACGUCAAGCAGAUGCGCAUGCUGGACGAGCUGCACUCCGGCAUAAUGGAGGGAAUGACCUACAAGGAGAUCCAGGAGCAGUAUCCCGAGGAAUACGCCCACCGCAAGAAGGACAAGCUCUUCUACCGCUACCCCGGUCCUGGCGGUGAGGGCUAUCUGGACAUUAUCAACCGUCUUCGCACCGUGAUUGUGGAAGUCGAGCGUACCACCGACCACGUUCUCCUCGUUAGCCACCGAUCCACGGCCCGUGUUCUUCUCUCCUACUUCCGCGGCCUGAAGCGGGAUGAAGUUGCGGAUCUCGAUGUACCCAUGGGAAUGCUGUACAUGCUGGAACCGAAGCCCUACGGCGUCGACUUCAAGGCUUACCAGUACAACCCGGAGACAGACUGGUUUGACUACGUCCCGCAGUACGAGCUGCACCAGGUGGGCGCGACUCAGAAGCCCUAA